AUGUCGUCUAAGCUCAUCUUGCUCGCCGCGAUGGCGGCAGGGCUGGUCUGCGCCCAAACGCCGUCUCCCUCGUCCCGGCCAUACAAGCCGAUCGUGCUCGAGAGCUCCGGAGGCUUCGCCGUCGGUGGCACCGUGCUGACAAACCCACAGCGGGCCAAUUCCACGCUCUCCUGCGACCACGGCUACCUCGAGUACUUCCUGCCCUGGACCCGCCGCGCCACCAGCAUCGUAAUGUGGCACAGCUCCAGCACGCAGGUCUGGCAAAACCGCUGGGACGGCGGCGAGGGCUACAAGGACAUGUUCUUGCGCCGCGACUACCCCGUGUACCUGUGGGACGGCCCCCGCGUCGGCCGGGCCAACUAUGGCUGCGAAACGACCACGUACCGCCCCGGGUACCGCGACCAGGGCAACUUUGUGGCGUGGAACUUUGGCCCGUCGUACCCCAACUGGUACAACGACACGCAAUUCCCGCGGGACGAUCCAGAAGCAUGGAAUCAGGCCGUGCGCGCGCGCUAUGACGAGAUGGACACCGAGUCCAAUGUGUACCUACAGGCGAAUGCAGCAGCCGUAGCGGCGGACUCGGGACGGGCAGGUCACGAUAUUGUGUACCUGACCAACUCGGCCGGCGGGCUGCGCGCGCUCGUGACGGCGACGAUUGCCAACGGCACCAACAUCCGCGGCAUUGUGGCAUACGAGUGCAUCGGCAGCAUCUUUCCCAACGACACGGAGGUGCUGACCACGCUGGGCAUCACGCCCAGCCCGGGUGGCUUCGGGCCGUUUGUCGUGCCGGUCGACGAGUUCCGCAAGCUGGCGAAGCUCACGGCGGUGCAGUUUGUGUGGGGCGACCACCGCGAGGUGACAUGGCCCUCCGUCCAGCAGUCGCAGCAGAUGGCCGACCUGAUCAACAGCUACGGCGGCAAUGCGGAGGUGCUGAUGCUCGGCCGGGACGUCGGGCUUCACGGAAGUUCGCACAUUGCCUUUGCCGACAUGGACAACGACAAGGUGGCCGCGAUGCUGGACGACUAUCUGGCGCGAAACAAGCUCGACAGCUAUGCCUGA